CACCGAGUUAUCGAGCGCAGCAUUUGUUUAUAUGUUCGUUUUUGACGUUUCUUGGUUAAGUUGUUGUUUACACACACGGUUAUAAAAUUUAAACUUAACUUUCAUUUUCUAGGAAAAAAUAAUAAUUAAAAAUGUUUGAAUGCCAGGAAAUAAGUGCAGAGCACAAAGACUUAAUACACGACGUCUCCUAUGAUUAUUACGGAGAUCGGAUUGCAACGUGCUCAAGCGAUCAAUAUGUAAAGGUCUGGGAUCGAAAUAAAGAAGGCAAAUGGACACUCACGUCCAGUUGGAAAGCUCACAGUGCUUCUGUUUGGAAAGUGACAUGGGCAAAUCCUGAAUUCGGACAAGUUUUGGCCACUUGUUCCUUUGAUAGAACGGUAGCUGUGUGGGAAGAAACUGUUGGAGAUACUCCAGGACCGGGCAAAAGAGGUCAGAGACAUUGGGUGCGCAGAACAAACCUCGUAGACUCUAGAACUUCGGUAACAGAUGUGAAAUUUGGACCCAAGGCCCAGGGGCUGCAGCUGGCCACUUGUUCUGCAGAAGGAAUCAUUAGGAUAUACGAGGCUCCGGACGUAAUGAACUUGAGCCAAUGGACCCUUCAGCACGAAGUCCAAUGUAAAUUACCUUUAAGUUGCUUGUCCUGGAAUCCUAGUCCUAACAGAUCCCAUCCUUCUAUGAUUGCGGUGGGUAGUGACGAACCGCAUACUACUCCUGGAGGCAAAGUUUUUAUUUACGAAUACAGUGAGAAUAGCAGAAAGUGGAAUAAAUUGGAAACACUUAAUAUUACAGAACCUGUACAUGAUGUUGCUUUUUCACCUAAUUUGGGCAGAGUUUUUCAUAUUCUGGGAGUUGCUACUAAUAAUGUUAGAAUCAUUAAUUUGACUCCAGUAGAAGAUUCUCAACUAAGUGGUUUAACAAAACUUGAAAUUGAAACAGCGGCUCAGUUUGAUGACCAUAAUUCUACUGUUUGGAGAGUCUGCUGGAAUGUUAAUGGAGCUGUUUUGUGUUCAACUGGUGAUGAUGGAUGCGCUAGAAUGUUUAGAAUUCUCAGUAAAACCUCUUGGAAACCAGAAGGUGUCUUAAAAGGGGAAGGUAAUCAAGUUCCAACAGCUGUAGAAGCCGCACAUGGUGCCACACAACACAUACCCCAAGGAUCUCCAGUAGGAUCGAUUGCUUCUCAAACAGCAAGAUAUAUUAAAUUAGGUUCCAUAUCUCAACCGAGUCGGGAACCAUGGUACUAAAUUUUUUUAUUUUGUAAGUUUGAGAAGCAAGUGCCAAAAUUGACAAAAACAUAAUUUCUGUUUUACAUAGUCCGGUUGUUUUAUCAAUUUAUUAUUUUUGCCAUAAUGUGCCUGUUCCAUGUAGUUACACUUUUUUUAAAUUUCUUUUUAUUUGCAUUAUUAAUUUUUGUGUAAUGUUGAUUUUUAACAUAUUCACAGUUGUUCAGGAAAUAUUUGUAUUUAAUAUACUAAACUUUUAAGAAAUAUUA